AUGCCCGCCCUCGAGACCGACGACGUCUUCAGCCCGCGGUACCUCUCCCCCAACCCCGGCGGGUCCUCCCUGCUCAAGUCGCCCUCAAGACAGUCCCUCUCGCUCAAUCCCCGCAAGUCCUCAGCUUCCCUCCGCAGCUCCUCCCUCGCCGACUCCCUCGCAGUCGCAGAAGAUGACGGUGUAAACGGCCGCCAUUCGCUCGCGCACGAGCUCGCCGCGGCGCUGCUCCCCGAGCCGAGCGCAGGCUCAAAGCUGCUCGCGGAGGAGUUCGGGAUAGAGUAUGACGAGGGCGCAGAGGGCAUCGACGGCGUCCCCGCAGGCACGUACGACGACCCUGUCGCCUCCCCGCACCCCCGGUACGAGGAUAUCGGCGGUGCCACCGCGGACUCGCUCGCUGCGCAGCUCAACGGCGCGUCGCCCCACUCACCCGCGCACGACCUCGACUUCCGGGGGUCCCCGCAUCCCACUGUCCCAGGAUUGGAGGUGGGGGACGCUCCGCAGGACCUGGACCCCGACUUCAGGAGCCCCGUCGCGUCCCCGACGAAGCCCCGCCGCCAGCCCGAGCAGGACCCGAUGGCGAUCCUCGCCGCGGACCUCGAGUACACGGAGAAGUUCCUCGCCCAGCUCCGCCGCCUCGACGCCGGCGACCAGCCUCCCUCCGCCACCGGCCCCGCACCCGUCACGCUAGAGAGGAUCGCGUCGGACGUGAUACGGCGGAUCAACGACGCGACGCGGGAUCGGGAGGGGCAGGUGCGCGAGCUGCUCGAGUACGAGCGCGAGUUUCGCAAGAUCUCGGCUGAUCCGGGCGGGAACGACGCGCUUGCGCACCUUCCUGAGCUCGAGGACAUCGUCAAGGACGACGUACAGACACCCGGCCCGUCCUCAGCGCGUGCAGCGGGGGCGGGAGCAGGGACAGGAAGGGGAGAGGUGGUCGAUAUGGACACGGUUGUAGAGGAGGCGAACGACUGGGAGGUCGACCCCGACCAGAGGUCAAGGCUGGGGGAUGAGGAUGAGGAGGACGAGUAUGGCGGGAGGUAUUCGCCCCAGGUCACGCCCAUCAAGGCCGAGUUCCCUGUUCCCCCGACACUCAGCGGUCCUCCGACGCCCGCAGCCGCCAUUCCACUCCUGGCGCACCUUCGAACGUUCACGACGAGCACCGCGACAUCCCUCGCGACAAUAUCGGAGCACACACAGGUGAAUGCGGCUGCGACGACAGAAGCGGGCAGGAAGAUCCGUGCACUGAAGAACAAACUUGGCGGGUGGCGGACAGAGUGGGACAGCGCGGAACGAAGCCGGAUCAGGAUAGAGAAAUGGGAGGCAGGCAUCGUCGACGGCGAUACGCCCACAUCGGCCGCGGGUGCAACAUCGCCGCCGAGGGUGCAGAGGAGGAUAGACGGACGAAAGAUUGUGCAGGAGCAUCUGAAGGCGUUUGAGGAGGCUCUGCGCGAGGCGAACGAGAAGACGCAAGCUAUCAUCGCAGCGGUCUCAUGA